AUGAAGGCCGCAGGACCUAUGCCUGCCCCUGACAUGAAGGCUGCAGAACCUAUGCCUUCCCCUGCCAUGAAGGCCGCAGGACCUAUGCCUGCCCCUGACAUGAAGGCUGCAGAACCUAUGCCUUCCCCUGCCAUGAAGGCCGCAGGACCUAUGCCUGCCCCUGUUAUGCAAGUCAAAGAACCUAUGCAGGCUGCUGUUAUGAUGGCCGAAGAGCCUUUGGCUAUAUCUAUCCUGGGAGAACAGUCCAUGCCAGCUGUGGGUAUGCCUGCCCCAGUCAUGAUGGUCGGAGCACCUCCUUCAGUCUCUGUCAUGGAGGUCUCGUCCAUGCCUGUGAAUGAUCUUGCUGUUAUGUCCCCAACAGUAACCAUGAGAGCAGCUUCCCCAGAGCCCAUACUUGUCGCUGACCCACCCAUGCCCUCAAUGGUCAUUCCUUACGUGGGAGGUCAGUACCGUGCCCAGGAUGAGGCAGGACAGUACACCUUCAGCCACUGGGGAGGUCCUAACACCCGAAUGGAGGUGAGGGAUUUCCUGGGACGUACCUCCGGCAGCUUCGCCUACAUCAACUCUGAGGGAGGUGUGGAGGUGAGGAAGUACACUGCUGGUGGUGGAUCUGGGUUCCGCGUGGCAGCCUCAGACCUUCCCCUCGACACACCUGAAGUAGCGGAGAUCAAGGCCGCCAACGCCCGUCUCCUCGCCUCUAUAUCUUCCACGACCAAACGAGAAGAAACUGAUAUGGAAUAUAACUUCCCAAUGGAUAAAGGAAAUUAUCCUUACAGCCCAAAUAACCAUAAUAAUAUACUCUCUCGUGAAGACCGCAACUCUCUACCAGAAGGACCCAUGGCUGCCCUUGUCUCAAGUGGUAACGGCCCUUCACUGGAUCUGUCAAGAUUUUUUACAGCGGAUCCAUCAAUGAACCCAACCGACCUCCCGAGCAGCUACCAAGCUCAAAACAGGGCAGGACAGUACGCCUUCCACCAGUCGGGUGGUCCAUACAAUCGAGCCGAGGCUAAAGACUGUCAGGGACGCACUUACGGCUUCUUCAAGUACAUCAGCCCCGACGGCCAAGUCCAAACAAGGGUGUACCUCGCUGAUAGUGAAAAUGGCUUCCGUGUGUCCGCCUCAGACCUCCCUUGA